AUGCCGAUCAACGUUGUUCGGCUGUCUCCAUCCUUCCCGACGUUUACGGCCCGGCGGGCAGACCAUCCACAAAACGCCAUCAAGGCCGAAGUGGGCUUGGCGAUCAAAGUGGCAGGACAGCAAAUUCGGGCAGGGGACACCGGCUCGACCGGCCAUGCAGUUGGGACUUGCGAUGUGCCGUAUUUUAUUCAUUACACCACUUGGUCGGACCGGGGACCGCUUUCCUGCGGGGACACGAUGCCGUUGGUCACCCGUAAUCGAGCUCUGAGCGACCUAGGAUCCAUAUUGGCCUGCGAUUGA